UGCUGACUCCUGUCCUCCAGACUGCCAGGAACUGCUGCUGCUGCCGCCAACCCCCAUGGCCUACAUUCCAGAUGGGGGUGCCCCCGCCGCUGGGGCCAUCCCCUUGGGCUCUCAGUGCUGUGUGUGUAAAGUGGAACUGUCAGUGAGUGGCCAGAACCUGCUGGACCGGGAUGUCACCUCCAAGUCUGACCCUUUCUGUGUCCUGUUUACGGAGGACAACGGCAGGUGGAUGGAGUAUGACAGGACAGAGACAGCCAUCAACAACCUCAACCCAGCCUUCUCCAAGAAGUUCGUGCUGGAUUACCACUUCGAGGAGGUGCAGAAACUCAAGUUCGCCCUGUUUGAUCAGGACAAGUCCAGUGCGCAGCUGGAUGAGCAUGACUUCCUGGGUCAGUUCUCCUGCAGCCUUGGCACGAUUGUCUCCAGCAAGAAGAUCACUCGGCCUCUGCUGCUGCUGAAUGACAAGCCUGCAGGGAAGGGCCUGAUCACGAUCGCAGCUCAGGAGCUGUCGGAUAACCGCGUCAUCACGCUGAGCCUGGCCGGCAGGAAGCUGGAUAAGAAGGACCUCUUCGGGAAGUCAGACCCAUUUCUUGAGUUUUACAAGCCAGGAGAUGACGGCAAAUGGAUGCUAGUCCAUAGGACAGAGGUGAUCAAGUACACUCUGGACCCUGUGUGGAAGCCGUUCACUGUGCCAUUGGUGUCCUUGUGUGAUGGGGACCUGGAGAAGCCCAUCCAGGUUAUGUGCUAUGACUACGACAGUAACGGAGGCCAUGACUUCAUCGGCGAGUUCCAGACCUCUGUGCUGCAGAUGAACGAGGCUCGGGAUGGCGUCCCGCUGGAGAUGGAGUGCAUCAACCCCAAGAAGCAGAGGAAGAAGAAGAGCUACAAGAACUCGGGCAUCAUUAUCCUGAGGUCAUGUAAGAUACACCGAAACUACUCAUUCCUGGACUACAUCCUGGGAGGCUGCCAGCUCAUGUUCACAGUUGGAAUAGACUUCACAGCCUCCAACGGGAAUCCCCUCGACCCUUCUUCUCUACACUAUAUCAAUCCCAUGGGCACCAACGAAUACUUGUCAGCCAUCUGGGCAGUGGGACAGAUCAUUCAGGACUAUGACAGUGAUAAGAUGUUUCCUGCUCUGGGGUUUGGGGCCCAGUUACCGCCUGACUGGAAGGUGUCCCAUGAGUUCGCCAUCAACUUCAACCCCACCAACCCUUUCUGCUCAGGCGUGGAUGGCAUCGCCCAGGCGUACUCAGCCUGCCUGCCCCACAUCCGCUUCUAUGGCCCCACAAACUUCUCCCCUAUUGUCAACCACGUGGCCCGGUUUGCAGCGCAGGCCACACAGCAGCAGACGGCAACGCAGUACUUCAUCCUCCUCAUCAUCACCGACGGGGUCAUCAGCGACAUGGAGGAGACGCGGCACGCUGUAGUGCAGGCCUCCAAGCUGCCCAUGUCCAUUAUCAUUGUGGGUGUGGGCAAUGCUGACUUCGCAGCCAUGGAGUUUCUGGAUGGGGACAACCGCAGACUGCGCUCACACACCGGCGAGGAGGCGGCCCGCGACAUCGUGCAGUUUGUGCCCUUCCGAGAGUUCCGCAACGUGAGUGUGGGCCCAGGCCGGGAGGGGCGGCUGCGGGGUCUGCCCCCGAGCGCAGUCCAUGACGGGCAUCUGGUCAUCUCAGAUUCUUCCCCCAUACUGUUGGCUUCUGAGGGCCCACCAUGAGUCAGGUGCUGUCAC